CCUUAGUUCAAGACAUUUGUUUUUACCGUUCAUGGUGGAUCCUUCGACCGGUCGGGCAUCGAACAUUGGCCAAUCACAGCCUGAUCCAGAAGAGCAGCAAAUAUUUGUUAACAUUUUGCGCUUCUUCCUGACUGGGGAGCUGGCGCAUCAACUCACGGAUUGCAAGAAUGGUGCUGGACCGGAAGAUGGCAGAGCUGCAAAAAAGGAGCUUGUGGUGAACGCCAUGGACUUAUUCGACAAGGUUCCUGGAUCAGCUACUCUUCUCUUCAGAGGAUGGCAAUGCAUCAUCGGAGCAUUGAAGGAAGCCGCCUCCCAAGCCGCCGCUUCACUGGGACUGGGAGAAGACUUCAGCGGAACUUUACGCGUGCGACUGGUGCAUGUGCCCGGGCGUAGCUUCGAGCGGCCCUCUGUGUCCACCCUCCGGGUGAGAGACCGGGGGCACUUCGUGCGCAUCGCGGGGACAGUAACCCGUGCCGGGCCGGUGAAGGUGGUGCAGGAGUGGCGCGCUUUCCGCUGUGAGACCUGCGGUCACACCUUCAGUUGCCGGGCUUCACCAACGUGUGGCUACGAGUUCGAGGUCCCCAGGGAAUGCCCAGGUGGACAGAAGCAAACUAGAUGGGACCCCAAAGCCAAGCGUCCCAAGACCUCACGCUGCCACUCCAAGCAGUUCGCCACGGUGCCCGCGAAUGAGCAAUGCAUGGCCGAUUUUCAAGAAAUUCGAGUGCAAGAUGAUAUGCAAGCUAUGGGUGUUGGGGUUGUGCCACAGUCAUGUGCAGUGACUGUGUUUGGGGACUUGGUUGGUGUCGCCCAACCGGGAGACUCAGUCGUGGUGGAAGGCGUAGUCUGUCAACGAUGGCGCCCUACCUUCCAAGGAAAGCGUGUGGAGGUGGAGAUCUUUAUCGAAGCCACCCAUGUGGUGCGUCGGUCACGCGAGGGGAACGACGAGCAGCUUAAGCCAGAGACGGAGGACACUUUCCGUCGCUUCUGGAGCGACUGGAGCGACGAGUGGCAGGGCCGUCAAGCCUUGGUGGCGGCCACAGCGCCAUGGCUCUCGGGGCUGCCGGUGCCGAAGCUGGCGCUUCUUUUGACCUUGGUUGGCGGCAAUGCGGCCUUGAAAGGUGCCAACUCGACUGUAGCUGAGAAUACCUCACGUUGGGGUAGGUUCAUGGGAGCAAAUGAUGCGAAGGAAGGUGGAGAGGCAAAUGCGACAAAGCCUGCGCUGCAGGGCCGGAUGACGCCGCACCUGCUAUUGCUAGGUGAUCCGGGCACUGGCAAAUCGCAGCUGUUGCAGGCAGCUCAAGAGCUGGGCACCCGCAGCAUCCGCACCAGCGGACUGGGAUGUACAAGUGCCGGGCUCACCUGCGCAGCUGUGCGUGAUGGUCCCGAUUGGGCACUGGAGGCUGGUGCACUGGUCCUUGCAGACGGCGGGGUUUGCUGCAUCGAUGAGUUCUCCACCAUUCGCAGCCAUGACAAGGCAGCGGUACACGAGGCCAUGGAGCAGCAGACGGUGUCAGUGGCCAAAGCAGGCUUGGUGUGCCGCUUGCGCUCUCGUUGCAGUGUAGUGGCUGCUCAAAAUUGUCGUGGAUCGAAGACAACUAAGGGCCAAGGUGCCACUUAUGACCUUCAAUCCUCUGUGGCUGUGAACUCUGGUCUUCCUCCGCCUUUGCUGAGCCGAUUUGACCUGGUGGUGGUGUUUGCAGAAGGUGGCAAGGGUGUGAGCGACAUGGACAAGGCUGACUUCAUCAUUGAGAGCUGCGAGCCUUCGUCCAAGAAAGUCCUCCCAGAAGGUGAAUCACAGCAGUGGAAUCACAGCAGACUGCGCCACUUCGUGGCCUGGGCCAAAGAGCGACACCUCGAGGAGGAUGACGAAGCGGGAUCUGCCACAUUGCUGCAAACGUAUUUCCAGAAGCUACGCAACACUUCCUUAUCAACCGGUGGUAGCGGAGGAGUGACAGCCCGGACAUUGGAGAGCCUGGUGCGGCUGGCACAGGCUCACGCUAAGCUGAUGAACCACAGGUGUGUGCAGAUUGAAGAUGCUGUUGCAGUGGUGGUCCUGCACCGUGCAUCAUUGCAGGACCACGUGGUGGGUGCUGAUUCACUGCCAGAAGACUUUGCGCCCAGCAUCCGGGAGAUGCACGAGGAACAGGCUGCAUGUGGAGUGCAUGUGUCCUUGGAAGGAUUGGAAUUGAAUCAUGGGACUGACAUCACCAGCAAAGCCGUCUAUGCCAAGAUGGAGCAGGCAAUCCUACGCAGCCUCCGGCUGUGUCGUUCGAAGAACGACCGGCGGCAGCUCGUGGCACAGGAGCACCAGGCAUCGCCACUGGCCAUAGCGGAUGUACCACGUGCCCAGGCACGCCCCUUGGGCUCUCAGUCUGCUCAGGUGACCCAGAGGCCAGGUGCAACAUGCACUUCAGCGGUGUCAGCCGCACCUUCACAAACGCAAGUGCCCCAAACUGAAUCGAAGCCUAGAGGCAGGACGUUGGGGUGCCGCAUUCGCUGAGACUGGACCGCGAGCUGAGAAAAAAAGGAUUCCUACAACCACAAGACGCACUUCC